UCUGGGUUUUGUCCCCUUCCCUUUCAUUUGUCCACCCCCAAGUGACUAACAUCAUGGCCGUGAUCCCACUUCCCAAAAUUUCCUGCUUACAUGACAUUGUAUAUAGUUUAAUGGGAACCGACUUAGCUGUAUGCCAGGGGCGAGUGGAAAUUGGUGAUCAUCUCUAUAUCCUCUUUUGGAAAAAAAUAUAUAAUAUGUGCUUUCUUUUCUGUUUGCUUUUGUUCUUCGUUCAACUGCUUUGAAUCCAAGUGGCUGGUGAUUUUGAAUUCUUCAAAACCCCACGCAAAGUUUUUGGCUUUCAAUUCGAGUGUCUGGUUUCAGCUUGUACUCAGUAGUGUCAGACAGCAAAAUGAUAAAUCCAUUCCCAGAAAGUAACUUGAGCUAUUUCUGCAAGAACGUUCUCCUUUAAACAGAAGUUAUGAUUACAAAGAGGCUUAAAAGCCAAUGAUCUCAUUUUACAAGGGCUAAACGGUGGACUAACUAUAGAUCAGUAAUAUAUAUUCUAACUCAACAGCCUGCCUUCCACGGACUAGCUUGAGCAAAAAAUGUCUUCUUCAAGGCCCAGCCACUCAUCCAGCAACUCGGGGCACUCAAGACACAGCGCUAGGAUUAUUGCUCAGACCACUGUUGAUGCAAAGCUCCAUGCAGAUUUUGAGGUUUCAGGUGAUUCCUUUGAUUACUCAAGCUCUGUGCGGGUUACCAGUUCAGUUAGUGGAGAUCAACAACCCAGGUCCAGCAAAGUAACCACAGCUUACCUCCAUCACAUACAGAAAGGCAAGCUGAUCCAACCAUUUGGUUGCUUGCUGGCCUUAGAUGAGAAAACUUUCAAGGUCAUUGCAUACAGUGAGAAUGCCCCUGAUAUGCUGACCAUGGUCAGUCAUGCAGUCCCAAGCGUCGGGGAGCACCCAGUUCUUGGCAUUGGGACUGAUGUAAGAACUAUCUUCACUGCCCCUAGUGCCUCUGCAUUGCAAAAGGCCCUAGGAUUUUGGGAGGUUUCUCUCUUGAACCCCAUCUUAGUCCAUUGCAAGACAUCUGGGAAGCCCUUUUAUGCAAUUGUGCAUCGGGUGACAGGUAGUUUGAUCAUUGAUUUUGAGCCAGUGAAGCCUUACGAAGUCCCCAUGACUGCUGCAGGAGCCCUGCAAUCAUACAAGCUUGCAGCCAAAGCAAUUAGCCGAUUGCAGUCCUUGCCAAGUGGCAGAAUGGAAAGGGUUUGUGAUACAAUGGUUCAAGAGGUUUUUGAGCUCACUGGUUAUGAUAGGGUGAUGGCAUAUAAAUUUCAUGAUGAUGAUCAUGGGGAAGUGGUCUCUGAGAUCACAAAACCUGGCCUAGAGCCAUAUCUGGGUUUGCAUUAUCCAGCCACUGAUAUACCUCAGGCUGCACGCUUCUUGUUUAUGAAGAAUAAGAUUCGUAUGAUUGUUGAUUGUCAUGCAGGACAUGUGAAGGUGCUUCAAGAUGAGAAGCUUCCAUUUGAUCUGACGUUGUGUGGUUCAACCUUAAGGGCACCACACAGUUGCCAUUCACAGUACAUGGAGAACAUGAAUUCCAUUGCUUCUCUAGUUAUGGCAGUUGUGGUUAAUGAUGCAGAAGAAGAGGGAGACAGCUCUAACACUGUGCAGCCACAAAAGAGAAAAAGACUCUGGGGUUUGGUUGUAUGCCAUAACACAACUCCUAGGUUUGUUCCAUUCCCUCUUAGGUAUGCCUGUGAGUUUCUCGCUCAAGUAUUUGCCAUCCAUGUGAAUAAGGAAUUGGAGUUAGAAAACCAAAUUGUUGAGAAGAACAUCUUGCGUACCCAAACGCUCUUGUGUGAUUUGUUGAUGCGAGAUGCGCCAUUGGGAAUUGUUUCCCAGAGCCCAAAUAUAAUGGAUCUUGUGAAGUGUGAUGGGGCUGCUUUAUUAUACAAGAGCAAGAUAUGGAGAUUGGGAGUAACUCCAAGUGAUUUCCACCUGCAUGACAUAUCCUCAUGGCUUUCGGAGUGCCAUAUGGAUUCAACAGGUUUGAGUACAGAUAGCUUGUAUGACGCUGGAUUCCCUGGGGCUCUUGCUCUUGAGGAUGUAGUAUGUGGAAUGGCAGCUGUGAGGAUAACUUCCAAUGACAUGAUUUUCUGGUUUCGCUCCCCUACUGCUGCAGAAAUUCGAUGGGGUGGUGCAAAGCAUGAACUUGGAGAGAAAGAUGAUGGUACAAGGAUGCACCCAAGAUCAUCAUUCAAGGCUUUCCUUGAAGUCGUGAAGACAAGGAGUGUACCCUGGAAGGAUUAUGAAAUGGAUGCAAUCCAUUCUUUGCAGAUUAUCCUGAGGAAUGCAUUCAAAGAUAUUGAAAUAAAGGAUACAGGCACCAAUGCAAUCCAUGCAAAGCUCAGUGACCUCAAAAUUGAAGGGAUGCAAGAACUGGAAGCAGUGACAAGUGAGAUGGUCCGUUUAAUUGAAACAGCCAGAGUGCCAAUUCUGGCUGUCGAUGUUGAUGGGCUCAUUAAUGGAUGGAAUACAAAGAUUGCAGAGUUAACAGGUCUUUCUGUUGAUAAAGCAAUUGGAAUGCAUUUGCUCACACUCGUGGAAGAUUCUUCAAAUGAUACAGUUGAAAGGAUGUUGUCCUUGGCACUGCAGGGCAAAGAAGAGCAGAACAUUCAAUUUGAGAUCAAAACGCAUGGUUCCAAGAGUGAUUCUGAUCCCAUCAGCUUAGUUGUGAAUGCUUGUGCAAGUAGGGAUCUUCGAGAUAAUGUUGUGGGGGUUUGUUUUGUGGCCCAUGAUAUCACUGGUCAGAAGAUAGUAAUGGACAAGUUCACUCGGAUUGAAGGUGAUUACAAAGCUAUCGUACAAAACCCAAGUCCUUUGAUUCCCCCAAUAUUUGGUUCAGAUGAAUUUGGCUGGUGUUCUGAAUGGAAUCCAGCAAUGACAAAGUUGAGUGGGUGGACACGAGAGGACGUCAUAGAUAAAAUGCUUUUGGGGGAGGUUUUUGGGACACAAAUGGCAUGCUGCCGUCUCAAGAAUCAAGAAGCUUUUGUCAAUCUUGGAGUGGUACUUAAUAAUGCAAUGACCGGUCAGGAAUCUGAAAAAGUCUCUUUUGGUUUCUUUGCUCACAGUGGAAAGUAUGUAGAAUGCCUGCUAUGUGUGAGUAAGAAAUUGGACAGAGAGGGUGCUGUCACUGGGGUCUUUUGCUUCUUGCAGCUUGCUAGCCAAGAGCUGCAACGAACACUUCAUGUCCAACGUUUAUCAGAGCAAACUGCCUUGAAGAGAUUGAAAGCAUUGGCUUAUAUAAAAAGGCAGAUACGAAAUCCGCUUUCUGGGAUUAUAUUUUCUCAGAAAAUGAUGGAGGGUACCGAGUUAGGAGUUGAACAAAGACAGCUUCUGCAUACUACUGCCCAGUGCCAGCGCCAGCUCAGCAAGAUUCUUGACGACUCAGAUCUUGAUAGCAUCAUUGAUGGAUACUUGGAUCUUGAAAUGGUUGAGUUUAGGCUGGAUGAAGUUCUGAUUGCCUCUAUAAGUCAAGCCUUGUCAGAGAGCAACGCAAAGGGAAUCCGAUUGGUCAAUGAUGUGGCAGAGGAGAUUGUGAAUGAAACCCUCUAUGGUGACUGUCUUAGGCUUCAACAGGUUUUAGCUGAUUUCUUGCUGAUAUCAGUCAAUUAUAUGACAACUGGAGGUCAGCUUAUCGUUACAGGCAGUUUGACCAAAGAUCAGUUAGGGCAAUCCGUUCAUCUUGCCCAUCUUGAGCUCAGGAUAACACAUCCAGGUGGAGGGGUACCAGAAGAAUUGCUGAACCAGAUGUUUGGAAGUGAUGGAGAUGCAUCUGAGGAGGGAAUGAGCCUGUUCAUUAGCAGAAAGCUAUUAAAGCUCAUGAAUGGAGAUGUACGGUAUAUGAGGGAAGCAGGCAAAUCAACCUUCAUCAUAUCCGUUGAACUUGCUGUAGCACAUAAGUUGAAGACCUAAAAAUUUCCUUUAAUCUGUUUAAUUUGUUCAGUUAGAAGGACGGAUACUCGAGCAGUAUUUGACUUGUUAUGUAAUUUUCUCCAUCAUAUUUCUCCUCUUGGCACAUUUGUAUUGGUUCAACCUGUAAAUAAGCAAGUUUGCUGUGUCUUAUAAACUUCUUUUACCAUUGAUUGGC